AUGGGGCGCAAGACAGUAGGGAAGAAGCGGAUCUCCAGCACAUCUCAAAACACGACAAGCGAUGCAGCCGCAGCACAAGGCGCUGCUGCUGUUGCGCGUGCAACCUUGCCUCCAGGGGAAGCAGUAGCGGCACCAGCAGACCCUCCCGCAAGACAUGCUGCAGCGGCAGCAGCAACAACAGCAGCUGCUGCUGUCCCAGAGCCUCGGACAUCAGCUCGUGCUGCUGUCUCUUUCCUGUGGGAUGACAACAACUGGGGGGAGCAGCCGCAGCAGCGGCAUGCCCGGCGCAAGUCGAGGAAGCAGCAGCAGCAGGAAGCAGCAACAAAGCGGCGGGCCAGGCAGGCCCUUGCUGCCAGCGCAAGCAGUAGCAGCAGUAGCAACAGCAGUAGCAGCGCUGCAGGCAGCAGCAGCAGCUGCUGCUUUAGUGUCACGGAAUGCAUAUGUGGGGCCCAGCUUCACCCGGGAACCAGCGGUCACGAGGAGAUAGCUGUUCGCGUGCUGCAGCGGCAGCAGCUGCUACUACAGAAACAGCAACAGCUGCAGCUACCGCUUCUGCAGUCAAAGAAGCAACAGCCAUGCUCUGAUGAGCUCAUGGACGAGAUAAGGGCUCUCGAUGCCCUCUAUCCCCCUCUCUUGCUGCUGCAGCGCGGGCUGCUGCCAGAGACGUUUCUAGCGGAGGUCGACCACACCUGUGCUGCGGCGGUAGCAGCGGUUGCUGCGCUGCGCGCGACCAGCAGCGGCGCCGCCAGCAGCAGCGGCAGCAGCACCAGCAGCAGUAGCAGCAGCAGCGGUAGCAGCAGUAGCAGCAGCAGCAGCAGUAGUAGUAGUAGCAGCAGCAGCAACAAAGUCUUCCCAUGGAAUGCGGGGCAUCUUUUUUCUACCGCCUGCGCAACCUUUUUGCUGCUCUCUCCGCUGAAUUGUUUUUACUGCCGCUACGAUGCAUCCUCGACUGCUGCUGCUGGGGCUGGGGCUGGCAGCAGCAGCAGCAAGGUUCGUCGGCAGAGUGGUGGCGGUGUUGAAGGCCCUAGCAGCAGAUGCAGCAGCAGAGGCAGCAACGCCAGUUGCAAGAGCAGCAGCAGCAUGGAUAGCUGCUCUUCAGCACCCCUAUCGCCGCAGCAGCAGCUCAAAGUGGCCUUCUGCUGCCGCUGCGAGUGUUGUGGCAGUCGUCUGGGGGGCGACGGCCGCGGUCUUGGCAGCAGCAACAGCAGCAGCAACAGCAGCGGCAGUAACAGCAGCAAGGAGUCUGUCCGUAUAGCUUUCCAUAUCAGCACCUUCAGGAGAGAAGAGCACACAGCAGUCAUUGAUGCCCUAUUGCCGCCAACGUAUGUUCCUGCUGUUGCUGCCACUGUAGUUGCUGCCGCAUGUAGUGCUGCUGCUUCGUUGUUACUGGUGCUACUUUUUUCCCUUCCUCUGGGCAACAUUCGGGGAAACGCUUUGGGUUGGCACGGCAGCGCCAACGCCGCUGCUGUCGCUGCUGCUGCAGUUGCCGUUUUUGUUGCUGUUGGUGCCUUUGGUGUUGCUGCUUCUAGUGCUGCUGCUUCCCGCGGUGUUAAGCGGGAGGUGCUUCUGCAUGCGUUGGCGAUGCACGUUGAGACGUUUCUGGUGCGACUGCCUUCCCAACCAAAUCUAUGGGAAGAGAUGCAACAGCGAGUGCAGCAGCAGCAGCAGCAGCAGCAGCAGCACUUGGAGCAGCUACAGCUGCAGCUGAUGCGAGACCGUGCGAGGCGGGGGACUCUGCACAAAAGCAAAAAAGCCGCAGCAGCAGAAGCCGCAGCAGCAGCAGCCGCACGAGACGGAGACGCGGCAACGACGCAGCAACAAGCAGCAGAAUUCCACAUGGCGGUUGCUGCGAGACUCAGAGGAGAAGGACAGCAAGCGGCAGGGGCUUUACCUCUCGCGCCUAUAUGCAGUUUCAGUUUGUUUGGUGCAGCACGUUAUGCUGUCGCUGCUACUGCUGCUAUUGCACGAGUUGCUGCUGCUGCUGCUGCUGCGAACGUGCGUCGUCAGAGCUGUCUGUACGGAGGGCCAGGCCCGAUCUCGUCGAGCAGCAGCCUCAGGCAGCUGAAAGUCAGCCCUUCACAGCGAAGCCUUAACACAGCAGGAGCGUCAGGAACAGCAGGAUGGCCGACCCCAGGCAGCGGCAGAGUCCGUGCUUUUCUAGAAGCCACUGAGGAGCUGCCUAGGGUUCCAAAAAUAACAGCAGCAGCAGCAUCAGCUGCAGGGGCAGCAACAGCAACAUCACCAACUGCAGCAAAAGGUGCAACUUUUGCUGCUGUUGCUGCACAGAUGGGUCCAGCUGCAGCAGGCGUCAGAAGCAGCAGCAGCAGUGCCGAAUUUUACCCAGCUGAGCAGCAAGAAAACAUCUUCAGCUUCCUGCAGCACAUCGUCCACCAACAGCCGAGGCACCGCAGAGACUUUCUGCUCGUAGAAGCAAGUCACGUGCUGUCUUCUCAAGCUCACAAACGCAGCUGUCUAGUGCGGCACCUGAUCGACAGCAGGCUGUAUUUGGUGAAGGAGUUCUUCUUCUUUAUUCCACGCUCUCUGCUGCAGCGCGCGAAGGGGGGGCCAGACGCGCUGCAGCAACAGCUCCUGCAGCCUGACUCUCCGCAGCAGCAGCAGGAGCAGCAGCAACAACGCCACAAGAGAAAGAAAGGCAAGAAAAAACACAAGAUGCAGUACACCAGAGUUUACGAUGAUUUGCCCCAGCAGCACCAGCGGCAGCAGGAACAGGAGGAGGAGCAGCAGCAGCAGCUACAGGAGCGCGAGAAGCAGCUGCAGCAGCAACUGCAAAGGUGGCAUAUUUCAGGGCUGGACGUUGUAGCCGAUGCCGAGAGGGUGCUGCACGAGGUUGCGAUGCUCUGCACGCUGGAGCACCCUUUUCUGAUGCGCUAUCACCAGUGCUGGUCUCAGUUGAUGCACAAACCUUUGAGGCCAACACCAAGGAAUACGCCUCCCCCUUCAACCCAAGGGGUUCCUGCAGCAGGUCCUGCUGUUGCUGCUGCUCCUGCUGUUGUUGCUGCUCCUGCUGCUGCCUUUGCCCAAGCUGGUGAUGCUGCUGCUACGCAAGACCUAGCCGCUGCAGAGACGGGUAGGAUCUCUCAACAAAAUAGGAGCAACACCUUCGACAGGUUCACUCGGCUGCAGGCUGCACUGCUUCUGCUGUGGCUGCCUCUGUUGCUGUUGAUGUUGCAGCAUCAAUACAGCCCGCUACUGCGGGGCCAGACGGCGAAGGGGAAGGAACAUGCGGAGACACAGCAGAAGCAGCAGCUGCAGCAACAACUGGAGCAACAGCAACUACAGCUCCAGCUGCAGCAGCAGCUGCUGCUAGAGGCGAUCGUUUGUGUACAUCGCGCUGGGGCUUGUCACCGGGCCCUGCAUCCUUCGAAUGUUUUCCUAGUUGAGGGCUCCGAAGGCCUCAUUAUGAAGGUUGGAGACUUUGGGCUGCGCCAGCUAGUGCCGCUGCCUCCCGAUAGCCCCUUCGCUUCCUUCGUAGCCCCUGAAGUCCAUAAAGGCCACCCAUUCACUGACAAAGCUGACAUGUAUUCCAUCGGAAUGCUGUUUCUGGAGCUGUGGCUGCUUUGCCCAGUGGUUGCGCGACUGAUAAGUCGGGAAGCCAUACGCACAAAUUUCAAGGGAUAUAUGCCCCCUCGAGCCGUUGCAAUAGCUGAGCUGCUGCUGCAGGAAGACCCACAGAAACGCCCAACUUCGCUGCAGCUGCUUCAGUCUGGCGCGCUGCCGCCUGCAGUCGACGCCGGACUCUUUGAAGCCUUUCUACUGCGAUUGGGUGGCUGCUCCACCGCUGAGGAUGAGGAAUCAACAGCUCCUGCUGCUGCCUCAUCACCAGCAGGCGCAAAUCCUCCACUCGCCGCAUCGGCUCCUGCUGCACUCCCAGGGCCAAUGGCACACCAGCAGCAGCAACAACAAAACCCGCAUCAUACAAGGCUGCUUCCUGCUGCAGCUGCAGACGGUGCUGCAGCAGCGGGAGGGACGAAUGUGGGGGCAGCAGCAACGGGUCCAGGAGUUUUGGUGUCCGAUGCGCGGCUGGUGCAGCAUCAUCGCGACCAGCAACAGAGCAGCAGCACCAGCAGCAGCAGCAGCAGCAUCAACGCUCGCGCGCAGCUCACGCGUGAGGUGCUCAACGUUCUUUUUGCCCGCCCCCUGGACCCCCGCAGCCGCCGAGCCUUCGGCGAGGCACUGCAGCAGGAACUGCAGCUGAGCGCUGGAAACAACGGGCUCCGGGGCCUCCUGUGGAGCGCUGCUCUGCAGCACUUUAAGGCCCAUGGCGCUUGCCAUCACGUGCUGCCGGUCUUUUGUCCUGCACUUGAGCAGCCCACUGCAGCAACCGGGGUGGUGGCGCUUACAGCAUCAAAUCUGCUGCUGUCGCCUACAGUGCGAUUGUCUUCUGCUUUUGCUGCUCUCGAUGCUGCGGCUGCUUCUGUGGCUCCUCCCUGCUGCAGCAGCUUGCAGCUCCAGCACCCUCCGGCUGCGCUCGCUGCAGCAGCAGGGGCAGCGGCAGCAGCAAGGGCCUUGCCCGGGACCCCUGAGUGGAAUCAGUUUGUAGUCUCAGCAGCAGUGGCAGCAAACGCAACUACAGCAGCAGCAACGCUGCAGCCGCAGCAACGCCUGCUGCUAGACGGCGAGAUAUACAAGCGCUUUUGCGUGGGGCCAGUUUGUGCAUCGGUGCAGCAAAGCGAAGGCGUCCACGGCCCUUUCGGUCAGGUGCUGCCCCAGCUCGCUGGUUGCUUUCAGAUUCUCCACCCUCUGAAACAGCAGCAGCAGCAGCCGCAGCCGCAACAGCUCGUGCUGGAGCAUCUGCUGCUUCCAACCAGUGGCCAGUGGGGGUCUUACGCGGAUAGUAGCAGCCCCCGGAGCCCGUCGAUGAGUUCUUUGUACACACCCAUGCAGCAAGAGCAGGAGCAUCAGCAGGAACAACAGCAGCAGCAGCAACGGAAGCAUGAGCAUGAGCAAGGGGAGCAGCAGCGGGACCAACAGGAGCAACAACAGCAGCAGGAGCAACAGGAGAAGCAGCAGGGGAUAGAUCGGCAGCUGCUGCAGCGCCUAAUGGGUGUCCUCCCAACGGAGGAGCAGCAGCUUGUUGCUGCUGAGGGCGAGCUGCUACUUGCUGCAGUCACUGCACUGCACAACCUGCUGGCUGCUGCUGGGCUUCCUCCUUUUUGCGGCACCAUUGAGUUCGCACUUCCGCAGCUCCUGCGGUCGUUGCUAGAGUUGGUUUUUUGUAUUCCUCGUCCGGACGUGGAGGAAGCAGUGCUGCAGCUGCUGCUGCACCAGCAGCAGCUGCAGCAGCAGGCUUGUCAUGGCAGCGCGUGUCAUCUACAGCCGCUUCCCUGCGUUUCUGCAGCGGACUGCAGCGAAGUUCUCUAUGAGCUGUCGAACUUGGAGGGAGAGCAUCUAGAUGUUGCUGCUGAGUCGCUGCAGCAGCUGCUGGACUUUUCAGGCGAACCCUCGGAGUUGCUGCUACUGCUGCAGAGAACGCGCGACCGCCUUACAGGGAGUACGCAGCUGCAGGUGGAGGAAGAUGAAGAGCUGCUGCGGCAGGAAUCUUGGGAAGCCGCAUCCGCAGCAGCUGCAGCGGCGGAGGUGGAGAAGGAACUCAGCCACGGCCUCCACCUCGCGCUGCUGCUGCAGGCAGCUGCGGACUCUUCAACUGGCCGCUGCUGCUGCAUGCGGCUGCUGCUGCCGCCGGAAAGCCUAAACUACGACUUUGGGCGGCUCGUGUUUGGCGUCUUUCUAAAUAUCUCGAUCUUGAGGGCCUCCUCACCAAUAGUUGGCUCGGCCAGCCCCGCCGAGACCGCCACUCCCGUGCAGCAGCAGCAACUGCAACAACAGGAGCAGGCAACGGUGCUGGUGCACGCUCGACCUCAGUUACUGAGAGUAGGUGGUGGCGGGUACAUGAAACCCAUUCUCUGCGUGAGCUCCGAUGCAGCAGGUGCUGCGAGCAGCAGCAGCACAGCAGCAACGUGUGGUUCAGGUGCUGCAGAAGGCAGCGAGUGUGGUCCUGCUGCAUCCGGAUCCGCAGCAGCAGCAGGAACACCGAGAGAAUUUCCGCGAGGCAUUUCUUUGGGGGGUGUGGAGCCCCACAGAAACUUCCUCGUACUUUCGUAUGAUCUUGACUUGGAGUCCGUCAUUUCCCUACUAGCUGGCGCUGACGCAGCAGCAGCUGCUGCUGCUGCAGCUGCGGCGCUGAAGCAGCAUCAUCAGCAAAGUCGCAAGGCAGGGAACUCGAGGCUCUUUCCGCCCGUCAGUAUUGCAGCGCAGCAAAGCGAAGAGGCCCUCGAUGGAGACAGCAGCGGCUCAGCUCCGCAGCAGCAGCAGGAACCUCUGCAGCUGAUGCCGCCGCUGCAGCAUUCUCCGCUGCGGCAGCUGCGCUGCAGCACUGACCCUUGGGUCGUCCUGACGACUGCGAGCAACCGCCUCAUUCCCUUGGGAGUUGCUGUUGCCAACCGCCUCAUACGGCGGGGAGUCGCCGCCGUGAUGCGCAUUCAGCCUGUCAUUGAGGUGUCGCGGUUUCAGGACGGCCUGAGGCAGCACCCCAGCGUAAAGUACCAUGCAGUAAUACAGCAGCAGCAGAAGACCAGCAGCAGCAGGAAGCAGCAGCAGCUGCUGCGGUCGCAUCAACUGCUGCAGCAGCACGAAGUGGGGCAGCAAGAUAGGCCCCCGCCGCAGGCAGCCUGCUGUGUUGAAGACAACUCCUCCUCUUGGCUCAGUUCAUGCAGCAGCCAGUAUAUCCCGCUUUCUGUCUGCAACAGCGAGAGAAGCUCCGGUGGAGCGUCCUCCCUUGACGCUGCUGCUGCUGCUGCUGCUGCUCCCGUAAUUUUCAGCCUCACCCAGCUGCACAAGGAACCUGCUGAGGCCGCAGAGAAUAGCAGCGGCAGGCGCCGGUGCAAGCCGGUCCGCCACUUAACGGCUCAGGCCCUCAUUUCCGUGCUUGUUGCUGCCGCAGCAGCAGCCAGGCGCUGA